AGCAGAGAGAGGGAGGGGAUGGGGCAGGCUGGUAACCGGGCUGGAACGGGGAUAACCUGCAGCCUCCGUCUCUCAGAUGUUCUGAUGGAGUGAAUCGGGGGACGAUGCGCGUUUAUUUCCUUACUCUGUCGAUCAUGGAAAGGGUUGCAUCUCUGUGAAGCCUGGACCAGGGGUCAGAGGUCAUCUACCAAACCCACACUUCUCCCUCUUCACCCCUGCACCCCACUCCAUCCCUCCACCAAACCUCAGCCCCCCCUCACCCUCGCCCUGUUUGCACCGUUGCACCCCAACCACUCCCUUUCCCCGUUUUCACACACAUACACCCUCACAGAACUGCCCCAUCCAUCAUCACCCACCACCCCCACCCCCACCCCCACCCCCUGAGAGGAAAGAGCCCUAUAACUGAAGUAAUUAUUGAAAGUUUCAUGACAAGACGUGAUUGGAAGUUCACAAGACACUGCGCUCAAGUGUCCUAAGCAGCUUCUCAGUUAACACCUCCCACACCCAGGCCUCAAGAUGAUGUGCGAGGUGAUGCCCACCAUCUCGGAGGAUGGGCGCGGAGGAGGAGGUGGCUCUUCUUCCCCGGCCAGUGGCGGAGGAGGGAUGGGCGGAGGCAUGGGAGGCAUCGGGGGCUACAGCGGCAGGGAUCCCCGCGGCGGAGGCGGCGACGAGGGGGGCAGCACGGGCAACCUGGAGUCACUGAUGGUGAACAUGCUGACGGAGAGAGAGAGGCUGCUGGAGAGCCUGAGGGAGACCCAGGAGAGUCUGGGGACGGCCCACCUCCGCCUGCGAGAACUGGGCCACGAGAAGGAGUCCCUCCAGAGGCAGCUGUCCAUCGCACUGCCACAGUUGCUGCUGGAACAUCUGGAGUGCCUGGUGUCUCGUCAUGAGCGUAGCCUGAGGAUGACUGUGGUGAAGAGGCAGGCUCAGUCCCCAGCCGGCGUCUCCCCGCGAGCGACUUCCCACGGACCUUCUUCCAUCUUGGAUGACGGAGACAUCGACAGGCAGAGAGAGGGCGAGAUCGAGCGGCAGAGGUCAGAGCUGGGCCAGCUGAAAGAGAGACUGGCCCUCAUGUGCAGACAGGUCGGUGAGAUCGAGGAGCAGCUGACGUCCGCCAGGAGGGAGCUGGCCAGAUCAGAGGAGGCCAACCAGAAACUACAGAGAGAUGUGAAAGAGGUGAGACUGGCUGAGCUGCAAUCUGUCAAAGAAGGACAUGGAGGAGAGGAUACAACAUUAGAACGGAGGUACCUGAGCGCCCAGAGGGAGGCGAGCUCUCUCCACGACAUAAAAGAUAAACUAGAUAACGAGUGGCUAGCAAGAGUCCCUCUACAGACAGGUAGUGAGGAGAAGAAUCGACAGCUUCAGGAGCGUCUGGGAUGCCAAGCGAAGCUGCAGCAGACCUUGCAGAGGGCUGAGACGCUGCCUGAAAUCGAGGCCCAGCUCGCCCAGAGAGUGGCGGCGCUCAACAAGGCGGAGGAGCGUCAUGGCAACUUUGAGGAGCGACUGCGACAGAUGGAGGCGCAACUGGAGGAGAAGAACCAGGAGUUACAGAGAGCGAGGCAGAGGGAGAGGAUGAAUGAUGAACACAACAAGCGUCUCUCCGACACAGUGGACAAGCUACUGUCUGAGUCCAACGAAAGGCUGCAGCUUCAUCUGAAGGAGAGAAUGGCUGCACUGGAAGAAAAGAAUGCCCUGUCUGAAGAGCUUUCCAACAUGAAGAAACUCCAGGACGAUCUCUUGGCAAACAAGGACCAGCUGAUAGCUGAGCUGGAAAGGAUUCAGCUGGAGUUAGAUCAGCUGAGAGCGAGACCCGGGGGUUCUUAUUCCAGUCGCUCUCUGCCAGGUAGCGCCCUGGAGUUGAGGUAUUCCCAUGGGGGCGGGUCCCUCCCGGUAGGUUCCACCGCUCAUCUGGAUCCCUUUGGCAAUGCCUCCACUGGGGGCGUGGUCAGGCGAAGUCACCGGGCCCGCUGGAGCUCCGCCCGAGAGGACUCUACCAAGUACCCAGACUGGGAGAGUGGAGGCUGCUGGGGACUGGAUUUGAAGCGGGUGGUGGACGUGGGCUGCUCUGAUGAUGAGGAGGACAGGGAGACUCUGUUCGGCUCCGAGCUGCUGUCCCCCAGUGGACAGACGGACGUGCAGACCCUGGCCAUCAUGCUGCAGGAACCGGAGGCCAUCAAUAAGGAGAUCAAACUGAUCCAGGAGGAGAAGGAGAACACAGAGUUGCGGGCUGAGGAGAUCGAAAGCCGGGUCAGCAGCGUGGCGUUGGACAGUCCUCCCAUCCCUCCGUCCUCCCUGGGGAGGGACAGCACAGGCCGAGGCUUCAUCCCCUCAUCUAUCACCUCCUCCACGCUGGCCUCCCCCUCACCCCCCAGCUCUGGACACUCCACACCUCGCCUGCCCCACUCCCCGGCCCGAGAGACAGACAGACAGAAUAAUAAGGACGACGAUCGGUCCCUGGCACUUCUUGACUCGACGCCUCCUCCCACUCCUCGUGCGCUGCGGCUGGACAGGAUGACUCUCACACAUCCAGGGGCGAUGCUCGACGACCCCCGGGAGUUCCGCAGUCUUUCAGCAGAUGGCAGCAGCUCCAACAGCAGCCAAGAUUCACUGCACAAGGCCAGUAAGAAGAAAAGCAUCAAGUCUUCCAUUGGCCGCCUUUUUGGGAAGAAGGAGAAAGGAAGGAUGGGCCAGCCUGGACGGGACGGAUCCGCAUCCCUCGCUUCUACACCCUCUGAAGAUCUGGCCUCUGGAGACCCCAUGGGGAUGAACAAGACCGGGACUCUGGGUCCUGCAGAUAAAGACCGCCGCAGCAAGAAGAAGCAUGAGCUACUGGAAGAAGCAUGUCGCCAAGGACUUCCCUUUGCAUCUUGGGAUGGACCUACUGUUGUGUCUUGGUUGGAGCUGUGGGUGGGAAUGCCGGCGUGGUACGUGGCAGCUUGUCGGGCCAACGUGAAGAGUGGUGCGAUUAUGGCCAACCUGUCUGACACGGAGAUCCAGAGGGAGAUCGGCAUCAGUAACCCGCUGCAUCGCCUCAAACUGCGGCUGGCCAUUCAGGAGAUGGUGUCCCUCACCAGCCCCUCUGCCCCCGCCAGCACCCGCUCUGUGAGACCCCCCACAUCAGCCACACACACAUUUAAGAUUCACAAAAGGAGGCGUUAG